AUGACAAGCCGCGACAGGACGUCGGUUUUUAAGCGCUACCGAGCUGAGGCUCGUCUUGCUCUCGGUGAACGGAGCGCGCUUGAAGAACUGAAAAGCGAGAAGCAGCAAGCACCCGCUGCUGCGCGGGCGGGCGUAACCCAGGUCGCCAAAGGAGUCGCCCUGUUGCCGCCGCGGUGGGUGGAUCUCCACGAGUCCAUCCAAGAGGACUUGGCUACAAUACGCUCUGGUAUGGAUGAGCUGGAAAAUAUGCGCAGAAAACUGUUGUUGCCAGAGUUUGCUGACAAGAGUGAAGAAGAGUACGUGGUCGACAAAAAAACGGCAGAGGUGGCGAGGUUGUUCCAGAGCUGCGAAGCCAAAGUACGGCAAUUGAGCGAGCUCGUGCACGAAAUCAGCCUCUCUCGAACUGAGCGCAUUAUAAGAGAAAAUGUUCAGAAGAAGCAUGCCAUGCAAGUCCAGGAACUGAGUAUUCGUUUUCGACGGGAACAGCGCCGAUUCCUGGAUCGUCUCCGCAAAGCGGAUGCGGAUAACGCUCUCGCUCUCCGCGUUAACGGAGCGCUAUUUAGAACGAAAGCCGGUGCUAACGACUCCAUGGAUGAUAACCAUCCAGAUAAUUUCAGCACAUAUGACCCAGGGUUCAACGAAUCACAGUUGGCCCUGUGGCGACACGCGGAGAUGCAUGCGGGCGCGCGAUACGAAGAGGCUCGCCGCAUCGCGCGUUCUAUUCAGGAGCUCUCGGGAAUCAUGCGAGAUCUCUCGCUGCUUGUUACAGAACAAGGCAGCAUUAUAGACCGAAUCGAUUAUAACAUCGAGCAGGCUGACAUGGAGGCAGAACAGGCUUUAAAGCAGUUGCAGCGGGCGCGAAGAACGCAGAAACGCGGCUGGAUCCACUACUGUACACUCAUACUGGCACUGGGGUGUGUAGUGCUGUUCUUGAUACUAGUACUAAAGUGGAUUUGA